CUAGAAACGACAACAUCGUAGCAUUGAGCUGCAAGACACCAAAAUGAUGGCUGGCAGGACGCGAAUAUGGCCUUCGGGCAGUUCGAAGGCCUUCCCUCUCCGGACCUGUCAACCCAUCCCCAUCCGCCAUCUUUCCCGCCAGCUCGCAACCGCAGUCGACUCCUCCAAGUCUCCAUAUCCCAGCGCCUCAACCGUCGCAGCACGCACUCCGCCCUACGAAAAACUCGUCAACAACCUCCAACAAGUCCGCCGCAUCCUCGGCCCUGCGCGACCGCUCACGCUCGCCGAGAAGAUCCUCUACUCUCACCUUGCGUCGCCCGAAGCGAGUCUCCUCGACGGCACGGACAACGGCCGCAACGUGCGAGGAAAUGCUACUCUCAAGCUCAAGCCGGACCGCGUCGCCAUGCAAGAUGCAAGCGCGCAGAUGGCGCUGCUGCAGUUCAUGUCGUGCGGACUGCCGUCCACCGCCGUCCCGGCGAGCAUCCACUGCGACCACAUGAUCGUUGGAUCGCGCGGCGCGGAUGUGGACUUGCCCGAGAGUAUCAAGGGGAACAAGGAAGUGUUUGAUUUCCUCGAGAGCGCGUCGAAGAGGUAUGGCAUCGAGUUCUGGCCUCCGGGCGCGGGCAUCAUUCACCAGACGGUGUUGGAGAACUAUUCCGCGCCUGGCCUGAUGAUGUUGGGGACGGACAGCCAUACCCCGAACGCAGGUGGUUUAGGAGCUAUCGCGAUUGGCGUAGGAGGUGCGGAUGCCGUGGAUGCGCUGGUUGAUGCGCCGUGGGAGUUGAAGGCCCCGAAGAUCUUGGGUGUGAGGCUGGAGGGACAGUUGAGCGGGUGGGCAAGUCCCAAGGACAUCAUUUUGAAGAUUGCUGGAGAGUUGACGGUCAGGGGCGGCACCGGAUUCAUCAUCGAGUACUUCGGGCCAGGCGUAGACUCUCUAACUUGUACUGGUAUGGCAACGACAUGCAACAUGGGAGCGGAAGUCGGCGCUACGACGUCUCUAUUCCCCUUAUCUCCUGGCCACAUACCAUACCUGGAGGCAACCCAUAGAGGCUCGAUUGCUCGCGCCGCCGAGAAACUUGGGAAAGACGCCGGAGACCGCAACUACCUCACUGCAGACAAAGGUGCCGAAUACGACAAAGUCCUCACCAUCGAUCUUUCGACCCUCGAGCCGCAUAUUAACGGUCCCUUCACCCCCGACUUCUCUACCCCACUCUCCAAAUUCUCCGAGACCGUGUCAGAAAACAACUGGCCGGAAACAUUUGGCGCUGGCUUGAUCGGUAGCUGUACGAAUAGUUCCUUCGAGGACAUGACACGCUGCGAAUCUCUUGUUAAGCAAGCGGAAGCAGCGGGCCUAAAACCUAAGGCUGACUUCUUCCUUUCCCCUGGCUCGGAACAAAUCCGAGCUACCGUCUCAACUUCGGGUACAUUGGACACAUUUACCUCUGCUGGUGCCAUUGUACUGGCGAAUGCAUGCGGCCCCUGUAUCGGUCAGUGGACGCGGACGGACGAUGUCAAGAAGGGCGAAAGCAACGCCAUCUUCACCUCCUACAACCGGAAUUUCCCCGGUCGUAACGACGGUAACCGCGAAACGAUGAACUUCCUAGCUUCCCCCGAUCUAGUCACGGCCAUGGUCUAUUCCGGCCGCACCACCUUCAACCCACUCACCGAUACCAUCGAAACCCCCUCCGGCACCCCGUUCAAGUUCGAACCCCCGACCGGCACCGCUCUACCCUCCGCCGGCUUCGAAUCCGGAAAUCCCGAAUUCCUCCCCUCUGCGCCGAUCCCCGACCCAUCAUCCGAAGUGGCCGUCUCCCCCACCUCAUCCCGCCUCGCGCUCCUCGACCCCUUCCCUCCCUUCCCCACCCACGAGCUGUCCCUCCGCGUCCUCCUCCGCGUCAAGGGCCAAUGCACCACCGACACCAUCUCCGCCGCCGGCCCCUGGCUCAAAUACAAGGGCCACCUCCCCAACAUCUCGGAGAAUACCCUCAUCGGCGCCGUCAACGCGGACACCGGCGCGACAAACCAAGCCAUCGACGUCGACGGCUCGGCGCGUACGAUCCCCGAGCUAGCGAAGCGGUGGAAGGCACAGGAUCAGGAGUGGCUCGUGGUCGCGGAUAGCAACUACGGCGAAGGCAGUGCCCGCGAGCACGCCGCGUUGCAACCGCGAUAUCUCGGCGGUCGGGUGAUCCUGGCGAAGAGCUUCGCGCGGAUCCACGAGACGAACUUGAAGAAGCAGGGGAUCGUACCUUUGACGUUCGCGGAUGAGGGCGAUUAUGAUCGGAUGAAGGGGUGCGAUGAGGUGGAGACGGUGGGGUUGUUGGAGUGUCUCCAGAGCGGGGGGAAGGGGGAGGUGCAGUUGAAGGUGAAGCGAGAUGGGGAGGAGUGGGUGGUGAACGCGAAACACCAGUUGAGCCCGGAUCAGUGCGGGUUUAUCCUAGCGGGGAGCGCGUUGAAUCUCCUGGCUAGGCAGGGGAAGGAGAUGAGGGAGGAAGUUGUCAGGGAGAAUGAGUUGACCGAUUAGGCAGCUAUUAUAUGCAAGGUCAGGGCAACAUUAGGUGUGUAUAUCUCAUUGAUCGAGUAUGGUAGAUAUAUGCAGGCAUCUGUAAAUAUAGCAUCGCUACGUAGUAUGUUUGUUAGAUGAGAUCGAUCCCUAAUUUAGCGUUGAAGAUCAGCAAGUGUGGUAAACAUCCUAUUUAGGGCCGAGAAACCGAUGGGAACCUAAAUAUUAAAGCGGGAUGAUACCUAAAAUUGCCACAGGCGG